ACAGGAUAUCGCGGCAUGUUUGUCGCUGCAGAAGGUUAGAAUCGUGGAAAAGUCGAUGCCCGAAAACGCGAGCUCCAUGAAAUAGUGAAUUAUUAAAUUAAACGAAAGCCUUCCAUGGCGGUUUUACAUCGCGCCUUGUUCACUUGGUUCAAUUUGCUCAUAUUCCUCAUCCUGUUGGUCCUGAGGCUCGACCAGAGAAUACAAUGGAACUGGUUCAUAGUUUUCAUCCCAAUGUGGCUGUACGAUAACAUUCUUCUCAUUUACAUUGUUUUCAACAUGAUUUCGCACUGCAAGAACGGACGUGUCAACAGCUUGCAGCGGGAAGCAUGGUACAUGAUAGCUGUGAUCUUAAAAUUAUGCGCUCAGAUCUUGAUUUGCCUGAAACUGGAGGUCCCUCACUGGUCUCUACCAGCCAAAGCGGUACUGGCACCGUUCUGGCUGCUUCUUCCAGUGUUAGCCGUCGAUGUGUUUAUCCACUUGAUAUACCAAACUAGAUAUUGACGAUGGAUGAAUUUCGGCUUGUUCCAAGUUACUUAAGGGCGCGUAUGUAUUGUGUUAAAUUAUCUUGUGGAUGUUACUUGCUGUACAUAAUCAAAUAUACAAUUGAUAUUAA